AUGGGCUCCCUACUACCCACGACGAUUCGCAUCGAUGCUUCGUUGUUGAAUUGGCAUCAUCUGUCUUCAACAGCAAGCUUUUUGCUACUCUCAUCGCUGCUUUUGGGGAUACUGUCACAAGUCCUGAGCCGGAGACUGAAAGUGCCUACGCCGCUUUCGGAAGAGGUGUCCGAUAUCCUCAACAGAAAACGGUCAUACGGGGCAAACGCCAGGAAACUACUCGACAAGUACUAUGAGCGGUUCAAAAGCAAGCCUUUUGGAAUCGACACCAUGGAUGGUGUCAAAGUCGUCUUGCCCCUUGCAAGUGUCGAUGAGCUGAAGAGUCACCCGGCAUUGAGCUUCAAAGCCUCGAUCGACAAUGAUGCCUUGGUCAACUACACAGGUAUUGGAGGUGUCGACGCUUGGGGGGUACAUCAGAUUCUAGCAAAGAUGAACCCCAGCUUGGGUGCUUACGUUCCUGUCUUCCAUGGAAUGAUCCAAGAACACCUUCCGAAAUUUCUUGGAUCUCCGACAGAUUGGACACCAGUAAAACCCUAUCAGCACUUCUUCGAGCUUGUGGCGAUCCUGUCUGCGAGAAUAAUGCAUAGCGAUGAAGCGGCCCGAAAUCCCGCAUGGACUAAUCUCUCUAUGUCAUUCGUACACACCGCAAUCGAAUACGGCUCGGCUCUCAAGCAGUGGCCUCCUUUCCUGCGUCCGUUCGUCGCCUACUUCCUCCCCGAACGCCUAGAGAAGGAGAAACAAUGGGCCAAAGGGCGCGAAAUUGUCGCAAAGUCCAUUGCCAGGAAAAGUGCCUUGGAUGGUGCACCUCUGGAGAACCCUCCCACCAUGCUCGACCACCUGUCUAGCGGGGAACACGCAGAUAAGGCCGGGGACCUGGACCUACAACUCUUGCUGCAGAUGACUCUCGCCGUGGCGAGUAUCCACACAACCUCGUCUUCCAUGGUCCAAGUUUUAUACGAUCUUGCCGCAUGCCCUGAGUACACUGAAGAGCUUCGUCAGGAGGUUGUGGAGGUUUUGGAGAGUUCUGGUGGCAUCUUUACCAAGCAGUCACUUGCUGAGAUGAAGAAACUUGACAGCUGGAUGAAGGAGAGUUUGAGAAUGAAUGCACCUGAUCUGAGUAAGUCGGCGUCUUCCCACCAGAGUUCGGUUUCUUACAAGUUCGAAGCUACCUUCCAGCGCAUGGCCACGAAGCCUGUGACCAUAAAAGACGGAACUUACAUCCCUGCCGGUACGAAGAUGGAACUACCAACCAGCGCUAUCAACUUUGACGCUUCCAUCUACCCCGAUCCGCACAAGUUUGAUGGCAUGCGGUCGUACCGUCAACGCCAGCAAGAUGGGAUGGCACACAAGCACUCAUUUGUCAGCGUCACUCGUACGGAACUUGGUUGGGGUUUCGGAAGGCAUGCGUGCCCGGGCAGAUUCCUUUCCGAUGUCGAAAUUAAGCUCAUGUUUGCGGAGUUCCUUCUAAACUAUGAGAUCAAGAACUUAGAUGGACAGCCCCGAUCCAAGAAUGUGGAAUUUGGAGUGAACGUGCUCCCAGAUCCGGAGCAUCAGGUUUUGAUUCGAGCACGGAAAGUCUGA